ACAAACUGCGGAAGUGAACAAUACAACCGCUAGCUGCGUUAGCUCCAUGGACUAACAGGAAUCGUAAAAAGACGAUGGUAUAGUUGGUACGUAGAUAAAUACCUCAACAAUGUGUUCAGUUGAGUCUUUGAGAGAGUUUGUCAACGAGCGACUAACUGCUGCUGCUGAAGAAAUAUUGGGAGUUUUUAAAAGAACCAUCGUCGAGUACGAGGAAGAGAUCGAUCGUCAGCGCAGACUGUUGGAUAUCGUUUUGAAGCCUGAAAUAAAGUUACACAGGACAGAGCUCCCACAGCAACAUGUGUGUAAGGAGGAGGAGGUUGUCCCUGAGCAGCAGCUCUGUAUUGAGGAGAGGAAGUCCAGUGUGGACCAAGAGGAGCCAGAGCCUCCAGAGAUUAAAGAGGAAGAGGAGGAAGUGUGCAGCAGUCAGGAGGGAGAGCAGCUUGUAGUGAAGCAGGAGACUGAUGGCUUUAUGUUGACUCCUGCUGAUGAGGAAAGUGAGCACAGUGAAGAUCAGACUCUGGCUUUCAUUCAUGAUGACACUCAAAGUGCAGCAGAGAAAAAGUCUGUAUUUAAAAUGCCAGUUAUAAGCUCUGUGAUACCAAACAGUGAGCACCAGCUGCUCUGUCACAACUCUCAUGUAGCUGAGAGCCAAGAUGAGGAAGAAUACCAGCAUGGAGACUCAGGAUCAACUAGAAACACAGAGCUUCAAGCAGAGAAAAGACAUCAUGAAAGCAAUAAUCACAGUAACAAUGUACCCAACUCUUCCGUGUCAGAGAUUCACCGUAAUACUCACACAGCUAAAAAAUCUUUCAAAUGUGACACUUGCGGGAAAGCUUUAAAGUUUAAGUGCCAUUUAUAUACACACAUGAGAAUCCACACAGGUGAGAGGCCGUACCCUUGUAAAAUAUGUGGAAGAGAUUUCAGAUAUAAUCGUGACUUGAAAGUACACAUGAGAACACACACUGGUGAAAAUCCGUUUAUAUGCAAAACAUGUGGGAGAAGUUUCAGAGAGAACAGUUACUUGAAACUCCACAUGAGAGUCCACACAGGUGAGAAGCCGUUUGAAUGCACAACAUGUGGGAAAGCUUUCAGACGAAGAAGUAACUUCAAUGUCCACAUGAGAACCCACACAGGUGAGAGACCGUACCUUUGCAUGACCUGCGGGAAAAGAUUUUGCGAGAUGUCUUCCUUGACGAGACAUAUAAGAAUCCACACAGGUGAGAAGCCAUUUAUUUGUAAAACAUGCGGGACAGCUUUCAGACAUAGUAGUCACUUGAAGGUCCACAUGAGAAGAGCCCACACGUGAAAAGCUGUCAGUGUAAUCUGUAUUGAAAAGGCAUAUUAGAAUCCACACAGGUGAGAAGCCAUUUAUUUGCAUAAAAUGUGGGAAGAGUCCAAAGUGGUGAGAAGUCAUAACUUUUUAAGAUCUGCAGAAAAAGACACAGAUGUGUCUCAGUUGUUGAGGCAUAUAAGAUUUUAUGCAGCAGUGAUUGUUAACUGGGGGCCCUCGGACCACAUCUGGCCCACCAGAGCUUUCCACCUGGCCUGCAGAAUAUUAAUUAAUUCAGAAAAUGUAAGGAGGGAAAGAAAUAUGUUACAAUUUUUAGGUUAUCUAGUAUUUUUACUUCUUAUAUUGAAGGAACAAAACAAUUUAAAUGGAAAUAAUUUUAUCAGGAUUGAUUUACCAACCCCAAAUUUGUGCGUUUGAGUCAGGAGUAGACUUUACGAAUCCAUCUCUCAGCUUAUUAUGAGCGAUAGUGAUGCGUCAGGUUCGGUAAGCUUACUAGAAAAAUAUCAAAUGUCAAAAAGUGACAAAGCAGCAUUCUGAUUAAGUCAACCUUAGAAACAUUGCAUGCAGUAGUUCAACUUCCACUUUCUUUACCCCUCUCUCUGCCACUCUUUCUGUGUCUCUCCCACAUACACAAACAUACACACACACAAACAGAUUUAGUCAGACUUUGGAUGGAAUUAUUCAUAAAUACAAGGAGGCAUUGCUCCGUGUCUCUCCUUCCAUCAGCUGCUGUGCUUUCACCAUUAUUUUCAGGGGCAGAUUUCGUGUGGUGGGGCCCCAGGCAAACUGCCUUGCUUUCUAUUCACCCUUCCUCUAACUGGUAGUAUUGAUGUUGGCAGGUAUAGAGGAAGUACUUAAAACUUUUUCUCUCAGGUGACACUAUUAAUAGCACGCAGCAAAAGUUUAAAGGGAAAUUUCGGUUUAUUUCAACCUGUCUCCUAUCGUCCUAAAUUAGUUUCAAGUGACUAGUGACCUAAAAAUAAUAGUUAGCAUGUUAGCCGUUAGCCUAGAUACAGCCGGGGUGCAUAGUAGAGUCAGACCUGUUAAAACGUAAGUGAACGGGCAACCUUCAAGUGCAAAGUUAGUCCACUAAACAAGCUUUUUUUCCACAAAGACCGCCUCAUAUCGUUAGGAUAAAUGUCAGAGAACAUAUAGAAAACGACAU